GAACAUACGGUACACGAUUUUUCCGACGCUGAACGAUCAAGAGCGGAAUCUGCCGCCUUGCAAGAGAAGUUAGAGAAGAGCCAAGGGGAAGUCUAUAGACUUAAAGCUAAACUUGAAAACGCACAAGGUGAACAAGAAAGCUUGAAACAGGAAAUGGAAAGAGGCCAGGCUGGUAUACAACGAAUUGUUAGUGAAAGAGAUAAGGCAUACGGUGAGCUGGAAAAACACCGUGAAGAGCUUGAACGAACUCAAGCCACUCUUGGAAAAUCACAACUCACCCAAGAAAAGCUUCAAAACUCCCUCGACAAAGCACAAAACGAAAUUGACCAUCUUCAGGAGAAACUUGACAAAAGCGGCGGAGAAACACGAAGGCUGCAACUCGAGAAGGAAAAGAUCAACUAUGAGUUUGAAAAUAUUCAAUCUCAGCUUGAUAAAUCUCUUGGUCAAUCAUCGAGAAUUCAGAAAGAGAAAGAAGCCGCACAAAUGGACCUCGAUCGUUAUCGAGACAAAGCGGAUAAACUGCAAACGUCUCUAGCCCGCCUUCAAAAAGAGCGUGAUGUGCUUUGUGACGAGCUAGAGAAAUUAAAAGAAAAAUCAGAAUCAUCCCAGAGUACGGCGCUCAAGUAUCAACGUGAGCGUGAUGCCAUCCAAACCGAGCUAGAGGUCGUCAAAGAACGAUGGGAAAAGGCCCAUCAAAUUCAUCAAAAGCUUCAAAUGGAACGGGACGACGCCAUCACAGAAAUUGAUAUCCUUAAGGAAAAGUUAGAUAAGGCGCUGUUUGCAAGCCAGAAAUUGAUUGACGAGAAGGACACGUCUACUAAAGAGUUUGAGAAGAUGCUCGAAAAGUAUGAUCGCGCUCAAAACGAAAUCUACCGGCUUCAAUCGCGUGUUGAUACAGCAGAAGCAGAUCGAAACCGAUUGGAGGUAGAAGCUGAACGAUCCGCGUUGGCCGCGUCGAAAGCUCGAGAAGAUCUUCGUAAGAUACAAGAGGAAACUACACGGCUUCAAGAGGCUUGCGAUCGUGCUGCAAUGCAGCUUGGCCGUUCGAAAGAACUCGAGGACAAGGCUAAGGAAGAUGUGGAUAUGAUUCGCGAGAGGCUAGAUAAAUGUCAGACCGACUUGCGACGGGCACAAUCAGAAAAAGACAAUCAGCAGGCCGAAAUUGAACGGUUAACCUAUGAGCUGGAUCGGUCGCACAACCUCUAUACCAAGCAGACAGCUUCACUUGAUUCCGCUCAGGAAGAAAUCGCUCGCUACGGAUUAGAAGUCGAAAAAAUGCGCGAACGUUAUGAGAAAACGGCUGCCGAGCUUCGUCGUCUUCAGGAGAACGAGUCAUUCUCGCGCGAAGCACGUCGCAUGAAGGACGAAAAUGAUCGUUUACGAGAAAAAUACGACAAAGUGAUCGUCGAGCUUGAGAACUUCCGAGGAAAAUCGCAGUACGAGCAGGAGACCUUCGACAAGAUGAAGGAAAAAUUCGACGCACGAGAAAAUGAUUUCCAGACUAUGGAGCUAAAAUUACAUGAAACAAGCCUUCAGCUGGAUCUAGCUAGAGCUGAAGUGACAAAACUUAUCUCCAACCAGGACAAACAACGGGCCGAUGCUGAACGAGCCCAUAUCGAGUAUGAAAAAAUACGGGACAAGCAUGAAAAAUUGAUCAAAGAAGUGGAACGAAUGCGACAAAAUCCACAAUCGGCCAUUAGCCCUGGCGCAUUGGCCGCUGCUACUAGCAGCGUAAGUUUAUCUGAUAAGAAUGAGUUAGAACGUUUGCGGGAACGACUUGAGAAGGCGCUGCAAAGUCGGGAUGCCACGGAGAUGGAAGCUGGGCGCUUGGCAAAGGAACUCGAAAAAGCACAGUUACAUUUGACAAAACAGCAAGAAGUUUACGAAGCAACCCGUAUCGAGUUUGAGCGUAUGUCCGCUGAGCUCACUCGCGUGCUUGAACGACUUGAGAAAUCUGAAGCUGAAAAAGAAACGCUUCGCCAAUCGACUAAAAUAUACGAAAAACAUCACCAGCAGCACGCUAGCAAUCAUCACGUAGAGCAAAGCUUACUGAAGCUCGAGGCCGACAAUAAACAAAUGAUGGCGGAGCGCGAUCAGCUAGUAAUGCAGCUUGAAAAAAGUCAGGACAUGCUAAUGAGCUUCCAGCAAGAGCUUAAUGCUGCCGAAUUGGAGCUUCAGCGUCAGUGUGAGGAAAAUCGACGCCUUAAGAGCUCACCACAGCAACAAGGUGCUGCCGCUGCCCCUGCCCAGGCAUCCCUUCAAGAAAUGCAAAACUAUAAGAAAGAAAUUACGAAACUCAAACAAAUGCUUCAGGAAUCGGGAGCUCGUGGAGAUAACGAGCUCGAGCAGUGGCGUAAAGUGGUGGAGCAGGAGAAGAAUCGUGCAGACCAAGCUGAAAAGGCUGCCAUCGAGUUACAGAAACGAAUGCAGGUGAUGGAGCAACAAUUAAAGCAACAGCUCUUGCAAAUGACCAACAUGCAAAAGCAAUUGCAACAACACUCUACACAACAACAGCAACAGCAGCAACAACAGCAACAACAACAACAGUCCCCUCCGAAUAAAAAAGAAAUGGAUAAGUUGCAAGAAGAUCUAAAGGCAGCAUCUACACAACGCGAUCAGUUCCAGAAUCAGCUAGAGCUACUUGUACAGGAACUGGAAAAGAGCCAAACUGAAGCUCUAGAUGCAACAAAGAGAAGCCAACAGCAUCAACAACAGCUAGGCCAACUGCAGCAACAAAUUCAACAGUUGCAGCAGCAAUUGCAACAAGCAACGCAGGCUGCGAAUCAAAAGGUAGCGCAGAAUGUAGGUGUUACUGAAGCAGAACGCAAGCAACUAGAAGCACAAAUGAAACAAAUUGAAGACGCAACUCGAUUGUUGGAAAGCGAACGAAAAACGUUCGAAGAUCAACGUAAAGUCAUCGAAAACAAACGUAAAGAGUUGGAAGACAAGGAGAAGAAUCUCAUUGAAUUUGACAAGCAACUUAAGAAGCGCAAAGAACAAAUGGACCAACUAGAAAAAUCGCUGCAAAAGGCUGGCGGUACUGCUGCUGCUGCUGGAGAAUUGAAUAAACAGUUAACAGAAACUCAGCAGAUGCUAGAUAAAGCGUCCAAGGAUCUUGAAGAAGCCAGAGAGGAAGCAAAACGUUCUGCAGCAGAAACGGAAAGACUAUUACAAUUGGUGCAAAUGACACAGGAGGAACAGAAUCAGAAAGAAAAAACAAUAAUGGAUUUGCAGCAAGCCUUAAAGAAUGCUCAAGCAAAGUUAAAAACAGCACAAGCGCAGUCACAAGAUGCGGGACCGGCAGGAUUUCUUAAAAGCUUCUUCUAA